UACUCCAUCAUCGAGGCAGCGCACAGUCGCGGCUGAUUCAAGUAAAAAAAAAAAAAAAAAUUGCAGUCGUCGAUUUCCGGCGUCAAACUGAAGCACCACGAUCUCGAGUACAAUUUGCUGAUUGUCGACUACGACGGCGGCCCCAUGGACGCUACUGAGCCGGACGGAGGCGACUCGUCCGGCUGGAACUGCUCGGUACACCCGAGCGUCUUUUUCCUGUUGGGAACCCUGGUCCUGACGACCUGCGCGACCGGUAUGCUGUGCGCAGCCAUAAUGACCGAUCACUGGGAAGAGGUGACGUGGAACGGCAGUUACCUGGAAGUUCUGGCCAACGGAAGCCACAGAUUGCAAUGGCUUUUGGACGGCAACGUUGCCAGAGUUUCGACCAAUGACGUGCGAGACCGGACGAUAGCCUUUUUGGUGCCCAUGCACGGCGGGAUAUGGACUUUGUGCGUCACUUUGACAGAAGAAGAAAUAAAUCUAUUGGGCCGGGUGGGCUUCCCCUCAGUACAGCCCUGCGUAAAUUAUCUAUCAGGAGGGAUAGAUGGUGUUAGAGGUUACGAACCUAGAGCUGAUUGGCAACACAGUACGAACUCUGUGAUGAACAACAGAAUGCAGAACCUGUCGAUAUCUUGCGCCCUUGUUUGUCUAAUAAUAUUGGGAAGCGCAGCACUGGUCGGAGCCUUUGGCGUUUUUCAGCACCAAAUCAGCGCCGUCUUGGUGACUGGAGUCAUGUACUUGUUAGCCGCAUCUUUCGCCCUCUUCACCCUGACCAUCAUCCACUUCAAGCGGCUCCACAACCGACCGCACGUCGAAGAAACCGACGGUACGGUGGACGGGGUGGUGAGCCCCACGGGGGGCCGGGGGGUCCACGAUCUACUACCGGCGCGUAUAUUCACGACAUCGUGGUCCUUGGACCUCGGAUGGGGCGGGGUUAUGCUGUGCGUGAUGACGUCAGUGCUGUGGAUACUGCUGUCGAAGAUUAUGAGGUUCAACCCCAUUUCCAGCAUGAUCAACUGAAGCGUUUAUAUGUA